UCAAAAAAGAUAUGCUUGUUUUAUAAAUUUUAAAUUAGUUUUCAUGACUUGGUAAGAGGUUUUAAAAAAUCCAAAAACGAAAAGAAAGAAGUUGUUUCCCCUUCGUAGUUAGUAAACGUGAGGUGUAGCUAUAAUUUCGAUUAUGGAAGGUUGAAAUGGGCAUGAAUUUCGGCCUCCAUUAAAGCAAAUGAGCCGUUUUCCUCAUCGACAAUAUGCAACACUGCGAGAGAAUUAAGCGUUCUUCCAUUGAAUCAAAAAAGCUUGGGUUUUCACGACCGAAGGGCUCGCUCGCUGCUGCAUCUUUAACAAGCUGCUUCUCUUUUGUUUGAUAAAAAGAAGAAGCUGUGAGGAUGGUCAGUAAGCCUUUUGCAGUUGACUUGAAUAAGCCUAUUGUUUUCCAGGUUGGCCAUCUCGGGGAAGCUUAUGAGAAAUGGGUUCACCAACCUAUCGUAACCAAGGAUGGUCCUCGGUUUUUCGCCAACGACUUUUGCGAGCUGUUGACACGCACUAAAUGGUGGGUGAUCCCCCUAGUUUGGCUACCAGUUGUAUGUUGGCUUGUGUGUAUCUCCACCCAAAGAGGUCUCACUCCUACAGAGGCAGCCUUGGCAGUGGUUGGUGGCAUCUUCAUCUGGACACUUCUCGAGUAUUGUUUGCACCGUUUUCUUUUCCAUAUUAAAACAAGAAGUUAUUGGGGAAACACCUUUCACUAUCUACUUCAUGGCUGCCAUCACAAGCACCCUUUGGAUGGGCUACGCCUUGUUUUUCCCCCAGCCGCUACAGCUAUUCUGUGUGCGCCGGUGUGGACCAUGUUUAAGCUUUUAUCAUCUCCUUCAACAGCUCCAGCUUUGUUUGGAGGUGGGUUGCUGGGAUAUGUGACGUAUGACUGCACCCAUUACUACUUGCACCAUGGAAAGCCAUCUAAAGGAUAUGGUCAAAUUCUCAAGAGAUAUCACUUGAAUCAUCACUUCAAAGUUCAGAACAAGGGAUUUGGGAUUACAUCGUCUAUUUGGGACCACGUGUUUGGAACAUUCCCUGCAACCCAAGUAAGCGACAUAAGUAGGUGAUAGCGUAUUCUAUAUAAGCCGUCAAAGAAUCCUAAUCUGAGAAUUUACGUAAAUCCAUGAGCCUCUUCCCUGUUCAUCCUUAUAAAUCACUGAUGUAGACAGCGACUUUUUUCUUCAUUCAGUAAGGAAUUAAGCUUAUUUUCUUUUA